GGCUCUCUUUUUUCCCGCGAUCUCGCUCGCCCGCCCUUCUUCCUCCUUCGUCGCCCUCGCGCUCGCUAAAUCGUCUUUUGGCGGGAAAAUGGCGAUCGAUUCGAGAGGAUUCGUUCCCUUCUGUGUUCUACUGUUACUCUGCUGCUCAAAGGUUUUGGUCCCUCCUUCUGUAGCCACAUCAAAAGUGCCAAAGGUAAAUUCGUCUAUGAUAUCCGCCAUAUCCACAAGGGAGGCAAGAAGAUACAUACUUCAGGAGCAAUGCCAGCAUUGCAGUGGUAGAAAGGAGCUUGACCACAGUGGAGAUAGUUCAACCGGACAUGCUAACGAGUAUCAACGAAAUAAGGAUAUGGAUAUAGCAGCAACAUAUACAGUUGCCUCAGGCAGCGUCAAAGUACACACCAUCAACUCAAGGGAUUUAUCUAAUUCUUGGGUAAUUAAUGAUGAGGACCAUGCAGAGACAAUUGAAAAACUUGAGGAUCAUGGCUCACACAAGAAAUCCCUUAGCAGACUAGAUGACCUUCAUCAGUCUUCAACUGAUCAAGCAGAUCAUUCUACACAGAAUGACCCAAUUAAACUUGAACGCCAGAAAUUGCGAGAGGAGAGGAAGCAAAGAAGAAGUAGAGAACUGCUUCACACAAAUGAAAAUGUCCAGAUGCAACUGGAGGCAAUUGAACGCUCCAAGAGAUUUGACACUACAGGCAGGGGGAGAUACAGCCUGUGGAGGAAAGAAUUCCGAAAUGCUUCAGCAGAUAACCUUUUGAAAUACAUGAAAGAUCAAAUUAUAUUGGCAAAGGUGUAUUCCAGCAUUGCUCAUUCAAAGAAGAAGACUCGUGAUUUCAGUGACAUCCUGAAUAGAUAUAUACAAGAAUGUGAAGCUGUUAUUGGAGAAGCAUAUACAGAUGGCGAACUGCAGAACGGUGCUCUCAGUAAGGCAACUGCAAUGGGCAAUAUUUUAUCCAGAGCAAGAGAAAUGUUCCAUGAAUGUGAAUUAGUGGCAAGAAAGUUAAGGGCCAUGGUUAUGUUCUCAGAAGGACAGGCAACAGCACAGAAGAAGAAGAGUUUGUUCUUGAUGGAAUUUGUCUCAUUUAGUAUCCCGAAACCCCUGCACUGCCUUUCAUUACAGCUCACAAUUGAUUACUUCUCACAUCAUCAUUCCAGAACAGAGUUGCGAAACAGGGACAAAAUCGAGGAUCCUUUGCUCUACCAUUAUGCUAUAUUCUCAGAUAAUAUACUAUCAGCAUGGGUAGUUGUUAAUUCCACUGUAAUGAAUGCCAAAGAACCAGAGAAGCAUGUCUUUCAUGUUGUUACUGACAGACUGCAGUUUCCAGCGAUGAAGAUGUGGUUUAUUUUGCAUCCUGUUUUACCUGCAACAAUACAUGUGCAAAGUAUGGAGGAAUUCAAAUGGCUUAAAUCUUCGUACUGCCCAGUACUUCGACAACUUGAAUCCGAAAAGAUGAAAGAAUUCUAUUUCAAAGCGAAGCAUCCGUCUAAAGUUUCUGGUUGGGAAGAACAUCUUAAGUAUAAGAACCCCAAGUAUUUGUCUAUGCUUAACCAUAUAAGAUUCUACAUGCCGGAACUAUUUCCAAAGCUAAAUAAGAUUCUGUUCCUCGAUGAUGAUGUUGUUGUUCAAAAGGAUUUAACACCGCUUUGGUCCCUUGAUAUGAAAGGAAAGGUGAAUGGUGCUGUCGAAACCUGCAGAAAGAAUUUUCAUGAGUACAAGUCAUAUGUCAACUUUUCAAACCCAGAAAUCUCUCAGAAUUUCAAUCCACUUGCUUGUGGAUGGGCAUUUGGAAUGAACAUUUUUGACUUGAAGGAAUGGAAGAAGCGAAACCUUACAGGAGUAUAUCAUUACUGGCAGGACUUGAAUAAGGACCGGCAACUCUGGAGCCUUGGUACACUGCCUCCAGGUUUAUUAACAUUUUACAACCUGACAUAUGCACUGGAUAAGAGCUGGCAUCUUUUGGCCCUUGGUUAUCUACCUUCCAUUAACAUAACCGAUAUCAAGAAGGCAGCAGUCAUUCACUACAACGGAAAUAACAAGCCAUGGUUAGAACUAGGUUAUGCCCACUUCAGAGGUUUCUGGUCCAAAUACAUACAGUUUGAUGAUCCAUAUAUCAGAGCUUGCAACGUCAACUUCGAAGCAGAGGAAGCUUAACAUACACUCUCGUAAACUUUCAUGGAAAAAUAUAUCCGUCGCAAAUAGACUUCAACCUGACAUGAAAACUUGCAUUCUGGAGAUGCUGCACUAUAUACAUACUAUAUACUGAUACUGAAAACUACAUUCACUGAAUCAUCACAUGAGCAUAGGAUAUUACUUGAAAACAACUGUAAAUAUAAUUGAUUACUUUGUCUGACAGUUAUUUUUCCUAGUAAUUGAAGUCUCUAAAAUUCUUGUUA